UCAUGGAGUCAGGUGCACCUCUCCUGCUGCUGGUCGCCUUACUGGGGACUGCGUCGGCUCUCAGCUUUUAUGGAGACAGCAUUAGUUUCAUGCCUCCACAGAAGAAGAAGGAUGGGACAUUUAGGGUGACUCUUCAUCACAGGCAGAACGGCCGGAGCAGCUGUCAAGAUCAGUCGUCCCUCAGAUGCGACGGUGGUGUCUGCACAAGCUCCACAAAGUCAAGUGUCCUGCAAACGGAUCAGGAUGACACAGGCCAGGGCAGGUGGUGCCAGACUGAAGGACACACGACUGCAACCGUGUCAACUAAUAAAACCUCCUUUACUCUGAGAGGCUCUGGCUGCUGCUGGGUGUCUAAUGUCAACGGAAACACAAACUGGACGACCCAUGCAGAGCUGGACCUGGGGACUCGAUCUGACUCACACGCCCUCAACAGUUGUCCGGUGACAACAACAGUGUCUUCUCUAAGGAUUCCUCAGAACUGUUUUUUGAGGGUUCGUCUUCUGGCCCAUGAUCCAGACUUAGAUGACGUGAGAUGCAGUUUCAGUUCAGACGCCUUAGUUCCCUCAAACUUUACUCUGGACGAGGCUGCGUGUACACUGACAAGUUCAGGCCAAGUCAGUGUCGGUGUUCAUGUGUUUGAGCUGAUGCUGGAGGACUUCUCCACCAAAAACAUCACUUUGACCUACGCCGAUGGAACAUCAGUAUUUCGGGAGAGCAUGAACUCACCACCUCUCUGCAGAGUAAAGCUCCAGUUCUCAGUGGAGAUCCUUCCUCCAAUACCAAGCUGUGAGGUCGGUUAUGUGCAGCCCAUGUUCCUGUCUAAGACUCCCUCACAUGGUGAUGUUCUUCAUGCCACUGUGGGUCAGAUGUUCCAGCUUUAUGCCCAAGCACAGGCUCGUCAUGCCAGCAUACACGACUUCCAGGUCAGCGGCCCUCAGAACAUGAGCAAAGCGUUCAGAGAUGAUGAAAAUGGAAAAGCUGAGCUGACGGUGAGCUGGACACCACAGCACAGCGAUCUGUACAGAUUUGUCCCGGUCUGCUUCACUGCAGAGACAAAUGACACCCAGUCAGAGAUGAGGUGUGUUGUUGUCAUGGUGACCCAAGCAUCUAUCAUUCAAGGCAAGGCCACUGUUCAGUGCUACCCCAACAAGAUGACGGUGGCCCUCAGCAAAGCUUCCAUGCCCGGCAUCGACGAGAACUACCUGAAGAUGAACGACCCGCUGUGCUCCCUCACCUCCAACAGCACUCACAUCAUGGGCAGCAUGUCAUUUAGCACCUGUGGCACCAAAGUUGAGGAUAAUGGUGACUUUAUCACUUUCAAGAAUGAGAUCAACUCCUUCGAGCUGCCCAACGAGGUUAUAACCCGGAGAAGGACGGUUAAGAUUGGUUUCUCCUGCCAGUUUCCCAAAAGCCUCAGCAUCUCCAACUACUACAAUCUCCACAAGUCUGACUACAUCUUCACUGAGUCCAGCUUCGGCAGCUUCGGCUACACCUUUGAGAUUUUCCGCGAUGAAAACUUCACUAAUAAGGUGGAAGCUAAAGCUUAUCCAGUGGAGGUCAAGCUGCUGGAGACCAUCUACAUGGGCAUCCAAGCCCAGUCUGAACUACCUGAUGUGAAACUGUUUGUCGAAUCAUGCAAAGCCACUCCUGAUGACAACCCCGAAAACGCCCUCUCCUAUGACAUCAUCAAAAACGGGCGAGUGCAGAUACAUUCUGGGAUCACAAACAAAACUGCCUUUAUAAUAACAGUCUUUCGUAUACAGUGUCUGGAGGAUGAGACGGUUAGAGUUCACCCAUCUGAUCAAACAUCAUUCAACUUUGAAGUUCAAGCUUUCAAAUUUACUGGAAACUAUGAACAGGUGUACAUCACCUGCUCUGUCAUCCUGUGCGAGUCUGACAGUCCCUUUUCCAGAUGUGCCCAGGGUUGCCUGAGGAAUCCAUCCCUCAGAAGCAGGCGAGGGCUGAGCAGGGAGACAGGCAGCCACUAUAUUACCCAGGGUCCUUUGCAGUUUGUUGGACAGGCUCAGCCCAGUGCCACCAUGGAUGAUAACAAUGUGAUGAAAAAGAGUGAGGAGCCCCCUGCAGUGAAUACUCGCCCACCAGUUUUUCCAGACACCAAAUCAAAUGGAGGAGGUUGGGAACUCAAGCAGCUCCUCAACACCAACAUCAGCACUGUGUUCUUUGCCACUGGCUUCUUAGUGUCAGUGGUGUUGAUGGCCGUCCUGGUUCGUUAUUUCCGCAAGAAGAGAAAGGAAGAAGACCGCAAUGCUCUUAUAGUUGGCUGGGAAAACUAAACCCAACUAAUCUCAGUUUUACUUUUGGAAGCUGAGAAUCAAAGUUUUCUUUCGUUUUAUAAAGCCUGGUGAUUUAGUAUAUUUGUAUCCAUGUAUUAAAUACUUAACCAAUAAAAUUAUAUUCCACAUUUAUUUCUUUGGGGUAAUGCCAAUUAUAAACAUCUGACCAGAAAGUCUUGAUACAGCCUUAGAACAGGUUUAAUAACAGAGAAAUUUCAGAUUUACAGAAAUGUCAGUUUUUUAAAUCUAGGUCAAUUCUGAAUCUGAUAUUUUGCUUAGAUGAAUUUGUUAUUCUAAUUAUCCUGUACUUUAGACAGUACAUUCUGUCUCUCUUUUAAGGCAAGAAAACAUUGGUGCACAUGGCCAACUCUAGGAAGAGUCCUGGUUGUUUCAAACUUCUUCCAUUUAAGAAUUAAAGAGGCCACUCUACUGGAUCCUGUCUCUGAACUCUGCUGCAGCUACUUCGACCCCAUGGCUUGGUUUUUGCUCUGAUGUGCAUCAGCUGUGAGAUAUUGUAUAGAUAGGUGUGUGUCUUUCCAAAUUAUGUCCAAUCAACUCCAAUUUAUUAAUUUAUCAAUUAUUUAUUGUAUGGUAAAAACACGGACAGUGCCUGUCUUCCAGAAAUAUAAUGUUAAGUACGAUGUUGGUGUUCUGACAGAGAACACAGUAAAAAUGAAGGUUUCUGAGACAUUUUAUUUAGACAGAAACCAAAUCAACCAAGCAACAGGGAUCACAUAGUUGGCUCACAGAAAUGACAGCUGGAUGCACUGCAGUUUCAUGUGGUACAGAAAGAAAAGAUCCAAAUCCUAAAAACAAUCCAAACACUGGAGAAACAGAUCCAACUAAAGAAAAAAACAAAAACUAACAGGUGUUAGUUCUAGUGCUUCAGAAAUGUCUCCCAUUACAAUCACAACAAUGGAAUACUUAACAAAAGGAACAAAAGAACAAAAACUGCUUUUAACUCAGUGCAAUGGAGUAUAAGGCAACUUCACAGAAAUACUAGGCAACAUGAUUUUGUGUUCUGCCCAUAUGAGCUGGAAGUUUGGUCAUAGUUUUUACCUUAAAACCAUUUCAGUCUCAGUGUGCAGGGGGAUGGCUGUUGUAGCAAAAACAAAAACAAAAAUUGAACACUGUUAUCCAAGUUACCCCAGGUAGAAAUAGUCUAUCCAGAGAGGAAAACCCACUGAAAUGAACCAGAUGUAGAGCAUCUGAGAGGUUUCCUGCUGCAGUGGGAGCUCAACAGCAGGAGAGAUUAACUCAAGUAUGUCAUGUAAUCUAAAAAAAAAACCAAAAACAAAACAAACAUCAUUCAUUUAGCCUUGCUGACAUACCCUUGGACUAAGACACUUUGAUUUGUGAACA